GGCGGCGGCGGCAGCGGCAGCGUUGAGGGCGCGGGGCCGCCGGAGGGGGAGGGAGAAGCAGAAUCUGUGAGUCGGCGAGAGGCAGCGCGGCGUCUUCUCUGAGGAGUCCGGGUGUGGAGCCGCCAGCGGCCAGGCCGCUCAGGGCCGGGGCCUGGGCUGGGAAGGAGAGGCCGGAGCAGCGCCAGGAGUUCGAGGCCGGAGCCGAGGAGGAAUGUGACCAGGGGUCGGCGGGUGCGCGGGAGUACACGAGCACAGGGAUGGGGCAGCAGGUGGGCCGCGUCGGGGAGGCUCCGGGGCUCCAACAGCCUCAGCCCCGCGGAAUCCGGGGCAGCAGUGCAGCCAGGCCCGCCGGCCGCAGGCGAGACCCGGCGGGACGUACUACAGAGACCGGCUUCAAUAUCUUCACCCAGCAUGAUCACUUUGCCAGCUGUGUGGAGGAUGGAUUUGAGGGAGACAAGACUGGAGGAAGUAGUCCAGAAGCCUUGCACCGCCCUUACGCUUGUGAUGUUGAACCCCAGGCACUGAAUGAAGCCAUCAGAUGGAGCUCCAAGGAGAACUUGCUCGGAGCUACUGAGAGUGACCCUAAUCUCUUCGUUGCACUUUAUGAUUUUGUAGCAAGUGGUGAUAACACACUUAGCAUCACUAAAGGUGAAAAGCUGCGAGUCCUUGGUUACAACCAGAAUGGUGAGUGGAGUGAAGUUCGCUCUAAGAAUGGACAGGGUUGGGUGCCAAGCAACUAUAUCACCCCAGUGAACAGCCUGGAAAAACAUUCCUGGUACCAUGGACCAGUAUCACGCAGUGCAGCAGAGUACCUACUCAGCAGUCUAAUCAAUGGCAGUUUCCUGGUGCGAGAAAGUGAGAGCAGCCCUGGGCAACUCUCAAUCUCGCUCAGGUACGAAGGGCGUGUGUAUCACUACAGGAUCAAUACCACCACAGAUGGCAAGGUAUAUGUGACUGCUGAGAGCCGUUUUAGCACAUUGGCAGAGCUUGUUCACCAUCACUCCACAGUGGCUGAUGGGCUGGUGACAACAUUACACUACCCAGCACCCAAGUGUAAUAAGCCUACAGUCUAUGGUGUAUCUCCCAUCCAUGACAAAUGGGAAAUGGAACGAACAGAUAUUACCAUGAAGCACAAACUUGGGGGCGGUCAAUAUGGAGAGGUUUAUGUUGGCGUCUGGAAGAAAUACAGCCUUACAGUUGCUGUGAAAACACUGAAGGAAGAUACCAUGGAGGUAGAAGAGUUCCUAAAAGAAGCUGCAGUGAUGAAGGAAAUCAAGCAUCCUAAUCUGGUACAACUAUUAGGUGUGUGUACUUUGGAGCCACCAUUUUACAUUGUGACUGAGUACAUGCCAUAUGGGAAUUUGCUUGAUUAUCUCCGAGAAUGCAACCGAGAAGAAGUGACUGCAGUUGUACUGCUUUACAUGGCCACUCAGAUCUCUUCUGCAAUGGAGUACCUAGAGAAGAAGAAUUUCAUCCAUAGAGAUCUUGCAGCUCGUAACUGCCUAGUGGGAGAAAACCAUGUGGUAAAAGUGGCUGACUUUGGCUUGAGUAGAUUGAUGACUGGAGACACCUAUACUGCUCAUGCUGGAGCCAAAUUUCCUAUUAAGUGGACAGCACCAGAGAGUCUUGCCUACAAUACCUUCUCAAUUAAAUCUGAUGUCUGGGCUUUUGGGGUACUGUUGUGGGAAAUUGCUACAUAUGGAAUGUCACCAUAUCCAGGUAUUGACCUGUCUCAGGUCUAUGAUCUACUGGAAAAAGGAUAUCGAAUGGAACAGCCUGAGGGAUGCCCCCCUAAGGUUUAUGAACUUAUGAGAGCAUGCUGGAAGUGGAGCCCUGCCGACAGGCCCUCUUUUGCUGAAACACAUCAAGCUUUUGAAACCAUGUUCCAUGAUUCUAGCAUUUCUGAAGAAGUAGCUGAGGAGCUGGGGAGAGCUGCCUCUUCCUCAUCUGUUGUUCCUUACCUGCCCCGAUUACCUAUUCUUCCUUCCAAGACUCGGACACUGAAGAAGCAGUUAGAGAACAAGGAGAACAUUGAAGGGGCACAAGAUGCCACGGAAAAUUCCACUUCCAGUUCAGCACCAGGGUUCAUUAGAAGUGCUCAGGCCUCCAGUGGGUCCCCAGCACUGCCUCGGAAGCAUAGAGACAAGUCACCCAGCAGCCUCUUGGAAGAUGUCAAAGAGACAUGCUUCACCAGGGAUAGGAAGGGGGGCUUCUUCAGCUCCUUCAUGAAAAAGAGAAAUGCUCCCACACCCCCCAAACGUAGCAGCUCCUUCCGAGAAAUGGAGAAUCAGCCCCACAAGAAAUACGAACUCACGGGUAACUUCUCAUCUGUUGCUUCUCUACAGCAUGCUGAUGGGUUCUCUUUCACUCCUGCCCAGCAAGAAGCGAAUCUAGUACCACCAAAGUGCUAUGGGGGGAGCUUUGCACAGAGGAACCUCUGUAAUGACGAUGGGGGUGGGGGUGGGGGCAGUGGCACUGCUGGGGGUGGGUGGUCUGGCAUCACAGGCUUCUUUACACCACGCUUAAUCAAAAAGACACUGGGCCUACGAGCAGGUAAACCCACAGCCAGUGAUGACACUUCCAAGCCUUUUCCAAGGUCAAACUCUACAUCUUCCAUGUCCUCAGGGCUUCCAGAGCAGGAUAGGAUGGCAAUGACUCUUCCCAGGAACUGCCAGAGGUCCAAACUCCCGCUGGAAAGGACAGUGUCCACCUCUUCUCAGCCAGAAGAGAAUGUGGACAGGGCCAAUGACAUGCUUCCAAAAAAACCAGAGGAAUGUGCUGCUCCAACCAGGGAGAGACCAAAAGCCAAACUAUUGCCCAGAGGAGCCACAGCUCUUCCUCUCAGAACACCCCCUGGGGAUUCAGCCAUUACAGAGAAGGACUCUUCAGGCGUGGGGGUAGCUGGAGUGACAGCUGCUUCCAAGGGCAAGGAGAGGAAUGGUGGGGCACGACUUGGGAUGGCUGGAGUCCCAGAGAAUGGAGAGCAGCCAGGCUGGUCUUCCCCGGCCAAGGCUGCAGCAGUCCUCCCAACCACUCACAACCACAAAGUGCCAGUCCUUAUCUCACCCACUCUGAAACACACUCCAGCUGACGUGCAGCUCAUUGGCACAGACUCUCAGGGGAAUAAAUUCAAGCUCUUAUCUGAGCAUCAGGUCGCUUCCUCUGGAGACAAGGACCGACCCCGACGGGUAAAACCAAAGUGUGCCCCACCCCCACCACCAGUGAUGAGACUACUGCAGCAUCCGUCCAUAUGCUCAGACUCUGUGGAAGAGCCAACUGCCCCAACUGCAGGACAGCUCACAUCAGAAACACAGGAAGGAGGGAAGAAUGCAGCUCCAGGGGCAGUGCCCAUCAGUGGGAAAGCUGGGAAGCCAGUGAUGUCUCCACCUCAAGUGCCUCUGCCCACAUCUAACAUCUCGCCAGCCAAAAUGGCCAAUGGCACAGCAGGUACUAAAGUGGCUCUGAGAAAAACCAAACAGGCGGCUGAGAAAAUCUCAGCAGACAAAAUUAGCAAAGAGGCCCUGUUGGAAUGUGCUGACCUACUGUCCAGUGCAAUCACGGAACCUGUGCCCAAUAGCCAGCUGGUAGACACUGGCCACCAGCUGCUCGACUACUGCUCAGGCUAUGUGGACUGCAUCCCUCAAACUCGCAACAAAUUUGCCUUCCGCGAGGCUGUGAGCAAACUGGAACUCAGCCUGCAGGAGCUGCAGGUGUCUUCAGCAGCUGCUGGUGUGCCCGGGACAAACCCUGUCCUUAAUAACUUAUUAUCAUGUGUACAGGAAAUCAGUGAUGUGGUGCAGAGGUAGCCCUUGUUAAUCUAGUGGGAAGAUGCACACAUUUCUGAGGGGAAAGGGAAACUUGUUUUCCUAUGUUCUUGUUUUCAAAAAAUGAAAGACUGAUUCAUAAGUGUGUUCAUGUGAAGUACCUCAGAUCCCUGAGUUCUCACGUUUACAGGUUCAUCUCAAAAACAACAAAAAGCAAACCACAUAAGUAUAGGAGAGGCAAAUUAUGUAGGAGCAAGGCAGUAGUGGACAGGGUUGGAAACUGCACUGGAAAGUCAGGGAACAUGUGUAUGUCAUAAGGAAAGAAAUGCAGCCCAUCCCUACCUGGAAUGCUGUGAGGAGCUAGACAGGGCUGCUCCCCCCAAGGCUGUGGGGGCUUCACCCAGACAGUGGAUUGGCUGCAGCACUCAUUCAAUACCACAUGAAAGGGAUUGACUGGGGCUUUGGUAGGUAUUAAGGUGAUUAUGCUCCAACUCACCUAACCAAUUUGGUGGGACAGAGAAAGGAAAGCUUGGAAUGUACCGAGAGAAGUUCUGUUCCAGGCUGGUGGAAGCAGCUGUUAGCCUUGCUUCCACAACGUCAUUGCUGCUGUAGUAAGAACUGCAAAUGAAGUUGCUAGAAUACAAACUGGGAAAUGUAGCCCUAUCUAUAUGCUCCUGUCCUAUUUUCCAUUGAUGUAUUGGUGCAGGAAGUAAAGAAUGCUGGGAAGUUUAGUCAGGGAGAUUGAAACCUCUUCCUAAAAUAUAAGAUUUUUAUUUAAUUAGCAGAAGUCACUCUUCCCAGACUAGCAUAUUAUUUCCUAAUGGACCAGGACCUAGUUUUUGCUUGUUGGUGGCUAUCUGUAAACCAUAGGUAUAGAGGUGUCCUUAGUGGUUCUUCUCUGUCCCUUGCUGGGCAGGCUGUCUUCCUUUAUUCCUGACAGCAUUCAGGGCAUUAACCAACAUUGAUUUUGAAAAUAGUGGUCACUACAGGUUCUCACUAGAGAAUCCUCUUCUGAGGCUAUAGUGCCCCUCCCCCCCCCAUACUGACCAUGUACUUGAGCAGCUAUACAUUUCUUUAUCAAUUGAAAUACCAGGAAGAUGGUCUUUUCUUGGAACCCAAUGCCAGGCCCAGAGGCCUAUGACUGAGAGGAGAAGCCGGCUUGGUUCUAAUGGCUGUUUCUCUGCAUCUUUCCUCUCCCUUAUCACCUUAAGCCCAAGGAGGCAUUCUCUCUAUGGAUUUGAAGAGAGUUACCCCCAAAUUAUUCUCAUGUGCUUUUUUUCUUCUCACAUAUUAUACUCCCCACCCCACCCUACCCCCACCCAACCAUUGUGCUUGUUUGUACAGAUCAUACUGGGAAUAUUCUUUAUUUAUUUUGUCAUUUCACCUCUAUUUUAAGAAUGCAUAAAUCAUUUUCAGGGAGCACUAGUUAGAUCCUGGAAACCUAAUGACAUAAUCCUCAAAAAUGUUUUGCCCUUGAAAAAUAGGCCUUUCACUUCCCUACUUCAGUUAUAACUGUGGAAGCUAGUUAGGAUCAUGUGGAACCUAAUCUAUUGGGUAGAUAUUAUUAAUAUUCUUGGCAUUGGGUCUAAUUCCAAUUACUGCCUCAUUCUCAUUUUAAAGCUUUAUGAACACUCCCUCCUUCCCAAGGAGAACCCAAUACAUAAUAUUUUAAUUUUUUUCUCCUAAAGGAAUAUUAGCUUAGGAAGAUAGGAUUUUCAACAUUGAGCAGUGAGUUUACUUCUUGGCUGUCAUUGAUCCACUGUCAAGCCACAGCCCCAUCUCUUAACCUGUUAAAUGAAGGUAAUCACACAUGUUCUCAAGGGUGUUUUGCAAAUAAGCAUAUAGCUGUCCCUUUGAGAUCCUCUCCGGAAAGCUCUUUAGUGUAGUGUUAUGUUGAAUGGUUUUUCAUUCUCUUUGUUGAGUAGGAGAUAUUAAUGAAAUUUAGAACUGCUGAGACUAUAUUAAUUGGGCUAGAACAGAGGGAAACUAUCUUUUGGAUAGAAUUUGGCAUCUUUGACCGAGGAGGAAAUUUAGUUUUCCUUAGAGAGGAAACCUUGAUUCUUAUUGCUGCUCCAAAGGAGGCCCAGGUUAAGAGAAGGAUUAGAAGGGAGGAGACAGUACUGGGCAAUCCUGGCAGGUGCUGGGUGAUCCCUGUCAUGUGUUACCUACAGCUACAGCACAGGCAACUAGUGAUCAGGUUAAUCUCCUUGUAGUGGUUGGAAGAGAACUUGGAUUUUAAAACCAACAAUCCUCCUCCCACCUUCUUCCCUCCCCCUCAUCAUACACAUCCAUAAACUUGAACUUGUUUUAGCAGUUAGCCUUUUAUGGGUGGGGAGGGGAAAGCUAAAACUUUAGAAUAUUAUGAUGCUGCUUUUAAGUUUAUCCCUGUCAUUGUGGGUUGCAAGUUAAUGGAUUAUAAUUGUUUUUCAGGGGUUUUUUUGCUUUUUUUUUGGUUUUUUUAAGCUAGAGCUCUAUUUUUUCUUGAGAGUUCUGCAAAAAGCCUUGGAGAAACACUACUGAGUGUAUUUAAGCUCCCUGGUUUUCUCACUGAAGAACAAUCUUAAGGGGAUGGGGGCUGUGUCUUACUCAGGGCAGCACCUAGCUCUGUCUUGCCUACAGUGGGUGCUCAAUAAAUUCAUAAAUUGAAUUGAUUUUUCUCAAUACUCUCAAGACUAUUGUACUACACCCCAUCCACAUGUUGCUUGAAUUGUGUAACUUCAGGGGUUGAGGGCUCAGGGUUCAGGUUAAAGAGGCACUGUCAACUUACUAUAAAAGUAUAAUUUAGGUUUUUCCUUUUUCUACUUGAAAAGGACCAGCUUAAAAAAAAAAGUUUAUGUCAAUUAAAAGCUUUGAAUUCAAAGGAAAGCAAACUGCUUCUAGAAACUAAAAAUGUAGUUUAAAGAAAAGCAGAUAGCAAGGGAAAAGGCCCUUGUACAUGGUGUUGACAAUGUUUGUAAAUGGUUAUAUAUAUAUAUACAUACCUUUGGGCUGCCACAGCUUGAUUCCUUUCAUGUACAUGUAAUAUGACUUGAGUUUAGAUUUCCUACCUUAAAAUGCAGUGUUUUGUGUUGAAUAUUGUGCUUUACAUAAAGUAUUUUCUUAAAAGGCUUUGUGUAAAAUUUAAACAUAUAUAUUUUCUUGUAGUCUUCCAUCAUGAUUUUCAGAGAUAUAGCCUUAAAACCAUUUGGCCCGAAGAUUUUCAAUUCCAUGUUUUUCUAGAUGACAUCUACACGUAGAGGUCACUAUAGUGGAGACCCUUUCCCAGCUGCAUUUUAGGGUUUAAAUUAGAAGUUUUCUUACAAUUCGGUUGAAAGUUGGCUGGUAAAAUAGUUCCAAGUUAAUAAAACAUGCUUACUUUGCUAAAGCACAGCCCAUAUUUAUUUAACUAAAGUCAUGGAGCUUUUGAGUUUAAAGGAUGUAGUAUACAUAGUAGUUUAAAGUUAAGGCUCUACAGCCAGUCUAGAAGGCAACUCAUUCAACCUGCCUAAGCCUCAGUUUCUGCACUGUAAAACAGGGAUAAUAAUAGUAACUACCUCAGUGUUGUUUUAAGGAUUAAAUGAGAUAUUUGUAAGAUACUUAGCUCAAGUGUCUGGCACACAAUGAGCACUCCAUAAAUGUUAACUACUACUAUUAUUAACAGCCUAGUCCAGGGAUGUACAACAGAAUCCCCUAGGGGGGUUUUAAAAACUUAUAAAUUAGCAUCACUCCAGAUCAGAAUUCCCAGUGGGGUUGGGUCUCAGCCAAGGUGUUUUCCAAGAAUCUCUCUAGGUGUUUCCGACACUCAGUGCUGUCUGAAAACUGUCACUACUCUGACGCUUUUCUUUAUAGAUUCAGAAAUUAAAGGAGAGGAUGGUUAAGUUACAUGUCCAUUAUCUCAAAACAGUUCAUUAGUGGCAGAGACAAGGAUUCGGGUCUCCUGACUUUCUGGUUGUAGGGUCUUGCCGGCAUACCUGCUGCCUUGUGAGGCACUGCAAAAAAAGUGGCUCAGAUAGACAAUCAGUCUGCAAAGUGCUGCACACUUUCUAAAGCACGUGCUUUCGAAGGCACUCCCUGACCUUAAGGGGCUUAAACACUAAGUAAUGGCAACACUAGCAAAGCAAGCAUUCAGUAGAACUCAGUAAGCUAAAAAAUUAUAUGGGAACAUUUGAAGGACAGACCUCAGCAACACAGCAAUCUGCACUUUGUAGAAAAGAAAUAACAAGUUUAAAAAAAAAAAAAAAACUAGUCCUACAUUCCUUUUUCUUAAAAAAAAAGAAAAACUUUAUUGUUCAAUAUCAUUUUAAUGACUAUGAGAUAAUGUAUAUGAAAGCACUUUGAGAAAGUAUCAAAUGUAUUACUAAUGUCUGUUCAGAAAAUUAAAACAAUUGAUUAGAUGCUGAUUGACCUAAAAGCUUUUACCUGUGGGGGACCUGAAAAUGCAGAUAUAGAAUCUUCUCUGUAAUUUAUCACAGUUAUAAAUAUGAAACUGCUAAAUGAAUAUCUGCAGGUAUAGUAAGUGUUUUGCUAAAGCUGUAGUUCAUAGCUGAAUAACUUCAGAAAAACUAGGGACCAACUUUUUGGCUUAAUUCUGAUCUUCAAAAAGUAGCAAUGAGUAUACUUCACAGUACAGAAGUUCUUCCAGGGAACUUAAGAAGGAUGAGGCCUCUUACUCGAGAACAUUUGUCCACUACAUGCUCAGUCAUUUCAGUAUCCUAAUUGUGGUGAGAACAGACUUGUUACCUGUUGAUGUUGACAGUGUCUUUUUUAACCUAUGUCCUGCAUGGUUUUGUUGCUUUUUAGGGGUGUAGGUGGGAAAGGGGAGCUGGAUGGCCAUAGAACCAGUGCACUUUGGGAAUUACUUUUCUAGGAUUUCCUACCAGUUAUAGAUGACAUUGACAUUUAUCAUCGAUCUUUACUUUUUUUUUCUAAGAAUGAACUUAAUUCACCUGUUAAAUUAUAAAAUACUUAGUAAAUUGCACUGAUGGCUACUUUUGAGUUACAGCUACACUUCAUUCUGACCUCUCUCACUCCUUCCAUUUUUGCUACUGAUAUCAUUGUUAUUAUCACACUACACCCCCACAAGAGUUCAUAUUGGGCUGACAGGGUUAUCUGUAUUUCUGUUCUUGAUGAUUUGGGGACUUCAUCAUCUUGCUUGCAUUAACUUGCUCCACCUGGAUUUGGGGUCCAUCUCUGUGCCCUAAACAUCUGUUAUGACCACUCCUUUUUAUGUAGGUGGGUCUAAGUUUCCUUUCAUAUAUUGAUAGACUCCAGCUAUCUGCAUCUCUUUCUUAUUUUCUCUCAAGCCAAUAGCUCAGUUCCUUUGUAAAUACCUGCUUCAGAUUGGGAUAUGUGGGAAAACUAGAGAAGGGGCGCCUGUACCUCUAUGUGACAACCUGGGGAAAUUGCUGCUAGACAUAACCUUACUGGUCAGAGAGGAGAGACCUGGAGCUGAUUCUAAAAUUUCUCCCAUUCUUAACAGUCAGGAUAUCUAUACUGUUUGGAUAAGAGUUCAAUUUUCUAACUGCUAGACUUUAAAAAAUCUAAUACAAGGCUUGCUUUUCUUGGCAAGCCGAUAGUGCCUGGAGUAACAGUUACUGUUAAGCACAACUACAGCUGGCCUGAACUUCACUGCCAUUCCCUGUGGUCCUCUAUUACUGGGAAGCAUGGGUUUCAGGGCUGUUGAAUGGGCUGCACUCUGCUCCAGAGCAUUCACCCAGGUGACUCACUCAGCUCCAGCCUGUCUUUUGUGAGGUUUAUCGUAAGGUUGAGUUUCUGCUCUGGAACUGCUGCUUUUUAUGCCAUGCACCUGAGGUGUAUGUUCUGUCUUGAGUGUGUGCACGAUGAUGUUUUCUUCAUUUCUAACUCAAUAUUGUAGAUCCAAAGGACAGGAAAUUAGGGAAGGUUCCACCCUGUGUAUCCAGGGUAAGAAGAUCCCAUGUUUCUCCCUGGUUAAGGAGGCCUCCAGCAGGUCAUCUGGAUUCUAAGCUGACUUGGAGUGGCAGAGGUCACCCAAGUUAGAUUUGUGCCUUCAGAGAUAGGUCUCAUGUGUCUUGCAGAGGAAAAGACUUGUCAGCUGCAUUGAGUUUUGCAGGAUUAUUGAACUAGAACUGGUAGAAAUGAGCUUCCCAGGUGAGUGGCUAAAGCCCCAGUGAGAAUUUCCCCAGAGUGCUGAUGUGGCAGAUUUGUACUUUUCUCAGUCCCACUUGGUGAGCUGGGAGGACACUCCAACUGGACCCUUCCCUCCCUCCAAGUGCACUUCUUUUUUCCUAUGUACAACCUUAAUUUGAAAUUAUUUACCUCUCCUAGAAAUAUUAUAUCUUUUAUCCUCCCCAUUGCUGAGCAACCUGAACACAGUAGCAAAGCCCUGCUGUCUCAGCCAGAGGUGAUGGCAUGUUGAGUGAGUCUUCAAACCUGCAGACCAUCUAAGGGGAAAGGCUAUCUACUUUAAGUCAAAAGGCUAGGCACAACAUUGUCCUCAGACCAUACCAUAUUCAGAGAAGAAUUGUGAUACACUCCAUGUCACUUCUGUGACAUUCUUUGUUCAUUAUUGUACUCACAAUAGCAAAUUUUGGGGUCCUACAUGUCACUCCAAGCUACUGAGCUGUAUACAUAGAGCUUGAGGUCUCUGGGCAUGCCACUUAACCCUUUAGGACGUAGUGAAGGUGAACUGUCAAUGGUAGCAGGAUUUACAGAAGAAAAUACAGGGAGUUUGUAUGGUUGGAACUUGCUUAGAUUUGUUUCUGAAUCUAAGAAUAGAAGUUUUAAGUCAUGUAAUUAGACACCAAAACUUUAGUUGGAGAAUGGGACUUGUGGUUAAUAAAAUUUUCACAUAUAUGGAUACUUCAUUUUCAGCAAUUAUAACACAAUAGAAAAAUAUACAGGCAUGCCAAAUAAACUUAUUCUUGAUUCAGAAGAUAUUAUAGGACCCUGCGAUGCUUUAGUAGUAAAUCCCAAAUACUGUUUUGUACAAUUCAGAAGUACUGUACCAUGUAUUGUGAGUGGCAAGAAUGCCAGGAGACAGAGAUGCUUCUGGUAGAGCGGGGCCAGAUAAAUCAGCUUUUUUCCAUUUUGACAGCCAUUUUUCACUGUGGCCACUUAGACUCCGUUAUGAGAGGAAUUUUCUGAGAUCCUGGGAAAUGACCUUGAUUAGGCUGAUGGUCCUUCAGGGAAAUUAGUACUCAGAAACUAGAAAGGACAAUGAGGUACUCUUCUUACAGUUCUGUAGGGUGUAUGUUUGAAAGCCCUCACAUCUCAGAUCUACACAGACGGUGCAUGUUUAUGUCUGUAAGUGCACAUAUACUGUUGUGCUCAUUGAGAAAGGCAGGAGUAAGUGGGGGCGGGGGGGGUCAGUAAAUCAGAUCUUUCCCUGUGGUGAGCAGAAGCAGUGGCGUGUUUGGUGUUUGGGGCAUGAACAGGCCAACUGAGCUAUUAAUGCAUACUCAGAACCCUCCCUUCCUUGUAGACUCUGCACUUUUCCUUCUUUGCAAUUUGAUUCUGUAAUGACUAUCAGGGGAGGAACCCCAAUUUUAUGCUCGCUUGGUAAAAAUUAAAUUUGAACGUUUCAUGGUGGUUGACAGAACUUUGUCCUAAAACAUGCUGAUCCAGAUUCUUUAAAAUUCAUUUAAUGUUUAUACCAAAGGUCCUGCCCCCACAGGUGUAUGUGGUACACAGAGGGUGAUGUCGCGCACUGUGUGCAUUGCCAAGGGGACACAGUGAGAUAAUGUGGGAUUUAAAUGAAAACACGUGAAUCAUGGGUCACACUACCAGUGUUGUCAGGUAUUUGUUCUUGUUGUUGUUAAUAUAUUUUCAGUUGUUUUGUUUUUCUAAUUUAAUUCUCUCACUCUUGUCUGACUGUGAACUGCUAACAGUGUUAAACUUGAUGUAAAUAAAUGAGGCCCUUGAAAGGGAUUGCUCUC